AUGUGUAUUGCUUGCCCAGAAUUCGAUGCUAACAGAGAAAUAGACAAUUUGAAAACACACUGGACUGCUUUUCAUGCAAAUCUCGAGGCAGCGACGUAUCGUGCUGAGCCUACGCGAACGAAUGCGCGACGCCCGAUGUUAGCAAGAAGAACUGCUCGACAGCCUGCUGGAGUUGGUGCGAAUUUGGGAGGUGGAAAUGCAGCUGCUCCCACUGUCGGAAUUGGUGCCGGAGGAGCUGGCACUAUAGGUUUGCCGCCAUGGAGCGCCGAUAUUGCUGAUGUGGACGAAAUGUUCAGAAUGGUAAAUCUCACCAGACACAUCCCCACCCUGCCUCAUAUGCCUAUCGCUGCUGAAAUGCAGCGUAUAAGCAAUCAGUUGUUUCAGCCUGUUGCAAAUGGAGCAAACCUGUUGCCUGCUCUAAAUUCUCUACGCAAUGUUGUGACGAGGAAUAGCGAGUACGCACAACCGCGGAGCUCAAGCUCUGUUAGACAAACUUCCGCGGCAACUGUAAGUUUUUUUUAAAC